AUGAUGGCCGUCAGGUCGCCACUGCCCAUUAUAUCGUAUCACGAUACCUCCAGCCCGUAUGCUGGAUCAGAUUCGAUGACUUUCGAAAGCCCCUCAAUCAGUGUGAGGAAUUCAAUUUCUUCCGCUCCCGAAGAAAGCUCGGUUGAUGAAACAAGUAUUAUGCCUGUCGCCCCCACGUCAGAUGGAACGAAGCUAGAUAAGGGCAGUGAUGAUGAGGGGUCUGUCUCAGCGACACCAGCCCAGGUAUCAGCGCCAUCUAUACAGCCGGGGCUCACGAUCCAAACUACACACUCUUAUAAUAGUGGCUACAAUACAAGAUCAGACGAUGAUGAGCCACCACAAUCCGUCAUACAUGCUCCCCCGGGGUUCAGGGAUUUUACUCGGGUAGAGACACAAGAACAACAGGCAUGCAAUGACGAAUCAUCCACGCCUGACUCGGAGCAUGCCCAACUAGCCAUUGCACCAGCAAAAGGCAGAAAGAUUGGCAACAGUCCCAUAUCCCCACCACCAUUGACGACCACGGUCGCGCCUCCACAGGACUGGUCGGAAAGAGCAACUCCUCGAGCACAGACAAGACAUGAAUUCGAGGGAUCGGAGCGACGUACACGUUCUAGUAGUUUAGAAGGUGAAAAUCCAAUUCUUAUCUCCUGUGAUACGUCAACCUAUACAUCGGCUCACACUUGGAUAGAUAUCCCUGAAGGUACACAACGUCCACAGCCGACGGGCAAACUUCUCGCUCCCUCUACACCCUUGUACCCGGACACUGACAUGAUACCAGGGACUUUUUCCAGCAAAGAUGUCGAGAUCAACGCUCUACGAACAGCCCUGGCUGAAUGUUGGACACUAUGUAAUACGCUGGCUAGUCUUAGUUAUAUCAAUCGAGAACGAAUCUUGGGAACCAUUCAAGAUGGGAUGGAGGAGGAUGCCUGGAGAUCCUGCUGGCGACUUUGCCAGAAGCUAUACGAUACCCGAGAGGACGAUUUUGCCUUGCAAGUCAACCCGACCCUCGACCUUUGUCGAGAAUUCUGCCAGGCUCUAUUUGAGGUCCGAAGCUGCGAUAAUGAUUUGACAGACUCCGUGCUCCGCGUGAGCUUUGAGCUGAAUAACCACCUAUAUAAUACGCAUGAUCGCAACCUACCGGACGCCUUCCGAGAGCGAACAUUGGACUUUUAUAUCACCUUGUGCCACCGCCUCAUGAAGCAACGCACACGCCUGACCGCAACGGACGCACUCCUCAGUGCAUGCUGGACAUUGGCCGAAAUGCUUUUCAGCAUCCGACAGAGUAAACGAGAAGGGAAAAGACUGGACGAGGAGCUAUUGGGAUCGGCCGUGCAGGCCUGUUGGGAGCUUUGUGACAUCUUCCGCGAGGGCUGGACCCUACACAGCAUGCGCAACUCAGACCGCGGCACACCACGACCCAGCCAGACGACCUUUGCCCAAGCGUUCCAGCAGGCAGCGCAGCAGUCUGAACUCGAUUUCGUCGACGACUCGGCGCAGCUUGGGAAUCCAGAGACCCCAACUACUAUCUUCGAGGAUACGGCAACGGUGUCCCCCGAUGAAGCAUCUGUGCCUAACAUCCUCGUUCUCGGGCACGGUCAUGGUCAUGGCAAUGGGCACGGCCAUAGUUCUCACCCCAAGUGGCCCUCCGGUGCGUCUAGCAUCUCGGAGAAUUCUCGGUCUUCUGGGCACACCGCAUCGUCCGCCAAUACUGUGACCACUAUCUCCGAGGACCCAAACUUCACCCGGCUCAAGGUGUUGGUUACUAAAGCGGCCAUCAACAGUGGAUAUCAACGGGGUAAUUCUCAGAACCUGUCAUCCUUUGUGAAGUCUUUUCCCUCGGAUGCAUUUGGUUCGGCCCCUUGGCAGACUUCACUGUUGAAGCACUAUCGAAAGCUGGUCGCGUUUGAUCCCGCCUUUCGCAGCGUUGGUCCCCCGGCCCGCGUGAGCGCAGUUGAGGUUGCUCGGGCCUGUCAAGCAAUGCUUCAGAGCGGACAGUAUUCCUGGCUGCGUGAUCUCUACCGCCUCGUCUUCGGAUUCCACAUGGAAGAAGCGAUGGGUCGGAAGGGAGUCACGAUCCAGACUUGA